GUUCUUAAAGUUCUUGAAUUCAAUUUUACGAUUUUAGGGUAUGUUUGAACGAUACGGCUGAGUUAUCUAAACGAUACGGCUGAGUUAUCUAAACGAUACGGCUGAGUUAUCUAAACGAUACGGCUGAGUUAUCUAGACGAUACGGCUGAGUUAUCUAAACAAUUUCUAAUUUUAGGGUAUGUUUGAGGUGUGGUUGAGUUAUGUAAACGACACGGAUGAGAUAUAUAAACGACACGACUGAGUAGUGUAAACAUAGCAUAAAUCAAACACAAAAUACAUGGGUGAUUUAUGUUUAUUACAUAGAAAACCAAAAAUACAGGUUUUCUGCACCAUUCCGAUGAUAACUCGUCCAUGUAUCCAAGCUUCAAUGAACUCCUCUAUGUCGUCUCUGCUGAAUCUGUCACUUCUUUUCGUCUCCUUCAUUCUCUUUUUGUUCAAUUUUCUCUUUCACUCAGAUCUGAAAAAAAAAUUAGAUAAUCCAAAUAUGAGUAUCAAAUCACAAACAAACUUAAUUAAAUACAUCCCACAAUUGCUGAUCUGGGUGUUUUUUGGAAUGUAUUUGUCUUUUCUCCUCGGAAUGCACACUUCUUAUAGCUAGGUUUUCGGAGAUUGGCGGGAAGUAACUCAGCCACAACUGCAUAUAUAAACAAGCCAUAAAAGAAAAAUAACUCAACCACAACAUAAAUUAAAAUUCAGCCACAAACUCGGAAAACGCUGCAAAGAAGAUGAUUUCGGGCGAUUGCAGCGAAAAAUAUUUCGUAGAAACGAUUGGAGACGACGUUUUCGGGGAAGACGAUAUCGGAGAAGAAAAGACAGAGAGUUAGUUCGAGGAAGAGGGAGUAAACACAAUGUCGAUGACGAUUUCAGGGAAGAGACGGUUAGGAUUCCUUUAGUUCUUCGACGAAGUUGUGUUGUGUUGUUGUGUUUUUUUUUAACGUUAUGUAAUUAAAGAGAUGGUUGAUGGUUCUCUAUUGCUGAUGUAGAUAUUUAAUUAGUGGUGUGGAUUUAAUGUUUAAAAAUAAUUUCAAUUAAAAAAAACUAACCAAAUACCCUUAUUGUCAUUUACUAGGGGUAUCCAAACAUUCUAGUAAUUUUUAAAAAUGUAUAACACUCUAGUAAUUUUCUCAAAAAAAAAGAAGCUAUUUACACUAAUCACGAUUUUUUCUGGGGCUUAAACCAUGGUCACUUUCAGCUCUAGAAACCACUGUACUACUUUAGACUACCUGCACCGACUCAUAACUAAUAGAAUGUACCUUGUUCGCUUGUAUAGUGUCUAGUUUUGUAGCUGGAGUGUUCAAGGCUGGUUUUGGUCCGUUCAGCUUGGAUAUUUUAUGCAUUCUUCCCCUUUAACUCUCUUGUACUUGAAAUAGUUGAGAUCUUCAAAUGAUUCACGUGCCUUGCUUCAUAGCCCUUUUCAUGCUUUAUGUCCUCUCUGUCAGCCAAUCAAAUCCUUUUGAUGAUAUAUAUCGGCUCCAUGUGGUUUUGGCGAGAUUCUUGAUGUUAUGAGUUCCAUUUCCUGCCAAAUAUAUAGUAUUACUAGAUUGGAGUUUUGUUGAAAGUCUGUUUUUUUUGGUGUAGGUUUUUCUUCUAGCUUCCUAGCAUUGGAAUACGUCAUUUGUUGCUCCUUUGUUCUUGGUUGCUAAAGAGUAAUUUCAAUCUAUAGUAACUAGAAAGUAUUAGAUUAAUGUAAAUAUGAUAUUUCCUGUGUUGUACGUUUUGCAUAUGUUAACGAGUGCGCAUGUAUCUUUUAAUAGUUUUUUUUCCAGAAAUUAUUCUCCUAAAAUAGUUUUUGGUUAUUGUCUUGAAUGUUAUUGAAAUUCUCAGCCAAGUAAAUUUACUCAUCUUCCUUUUAAGUUUUAAUUCCGAGAUGAGCAAACUCGGAAGAGAAUUUUGAGAAGAGGUAUGUGGAAUAUCGUGGGGAUCCCAAUGAUUGUGUCGAGGUGGUCUCCAGUUGAAGAAAACGAUGAAGAAGAGCAAGAAAUAAAAGUUUUGCCUAUGUGGGUAACACUAAAAAAACGUUCCACGUAGAAUGUUUUCUUGGAAGGGGCUUGGUUUCAUUGCUAGCUCCGCGGGAAAACCGGUUAAGCUUCACCCAGAAACUGAGUUGUGCUCAAAUUUCGAGGAGGCAAAGGUGUUUAUAAAUGUAGACAUGACAAAAGAACUACCAACGCUAUAUCAGUUUAAGUCAAAGAAAGGCAUUAAUGCAGCAGUGGAAUUUUCAUAUCCAUGUUUGCCUAAAAAAUGUUCUUUCUGUUCCAAAUGGGGUCACCCGGGCAAGGAGUGCACUAAGACAAGAGCUAAGGAAUCAACAGUUUCGGGAGAUCAGUCUGUGGGAAGUCCUGUGAAGAACACCACAAGAACGAUCUCACAAACAGAAGAAGUUGGUGCCACUGAGUCGAAGGAGAACGAGAUUGCAAUUAUGAAGGAAUUGAAGGAGAAAGAGAUUGUAAAUGUGCAAGAGUCAGAAGUGGAGAAAGACAUAGAAACAGAGGCAGUCUCAUAUGCAGAGGUUAAUGUCGUGAUCUCGCCGACUGCAGAGGAAUCAAACUGGAACCAAGUAUCCCCAGGAAAAGUGGGAACAAUUUCUGGAAAUAAGCAGAAUCAGACAGUUAUUUCUCCAUCACACUUUCAACUUCUGGCUGACGACGAACAGAUAGAUAACCCUGAAGAGGAUGAAGAGCAGAAUGAUAUCGAUCAGGGUAGUACGGUUCUGGUGAUGGAUGAAGUUGAGAAAGGAGAAAUACUCAGCAGCGAAGGAAUUGCUGGGGGAGGGGGCAGUUAGUGUAAAAGGUAAAGCCAAGAAGAUCAAAUCAAAUCGAGCAGGAAGAGUAAUGCUACGCGCAAGCUCUUUCUCCGCUGCCACGACCACUCGGGAUUCAAAACCUAAUGGUACGAGCAGGAAACGUUCGUCCAAACAUCAUUAAAUAUGUCGGGCUUCUUUUGGAAUGUUCGUGGCUUAAACAAAUCUGUUAAACAUUCCGUGAUAAAGAAGUGGGUAGAGGAGGGAAAUUUUGGAUUUGGUUGUUUGAUUGAAACAAAAGUGAAGGAAGAAAAGGCUACAAAGUUGGCUGGAGAUAUUUUUAGUGGCUGGUCGGUUCUAACGAACUAUGAAUACAAUCACCUAGGACGUAUUUGGGUGGUUUGGAAGAGCAACGUGAGACUCACUCCUUUUUUCAAAAGCAGUCAAGUCAUCACUUGCUCGGUAAAGUUGGCUGAGAUGGAAGAGGAAAUUUUUUGUUCUUUUAUCUAUGCUUCCAAUCUGUUGGAAGAGAGAAAGGAGCUUUGGAGAGACUUGUGUGAUCACCACAACUCUCAUAUUAUUGGUUCGAAACCUUGGAUCAUUUUUGGAGAUUUCAAUGACACUUUGGAUAUGGAUGAACAUUCAAAGUUUGAAGAUUCACCCAUGGUCACAGAAGGAAUGCGAAGGUUUCAGAAUAUGGUUAACCAGUGUUCUCUGGUAGAUAUGUCUCAUCACGGUCCUCUAUACACUUGGAGUUAGGGGCGGGCACUUUACCCGAUAUCCGAAGCCGCACUUGAACCCGAUCCGAAAAAUCCGA